GAAAUUACUUUACCCCACGCCGUCAAAUUAUUCUUCUCAACUUGUCCAACCCUACACCACCACCAUUUCCACUUCUCAGCACAACUUUUACUGUCAAAUUCCCAGCAAAGCUACCACAUUUACAAAUCUACUGCUAAACUGAUAAGACGAAAGUGCUACUGUUAACGCUUCCAUCAAAGACAACCGUCCAACUCUUUUGAGUACCUAGCCACUGUCACCACCUCUAUCUACCCUUUCCGACUUCAAUUUAUCACAUCCCGUAUACGAUCAAUUUUCCGCCUAUUACCACCAUGGAGACUUAUGGGAAGAAGAAAAAGAAUGCUCUGAUGGGCUCGUUUGCCUCUCUUAGGAAUAAUCAACAAAUCAAAGCAAAGAAGAACAGAGCUAGCAAGAGAGAGUCAAGCACGCGCCAGUUGUCAGCUUUUCACUCUUCGGUCGACAAUGAAGAACAGCAACCAGUCAGAGAAGCCCCGAGUGAAGACAAUAGUGGAUUGGUAGAUGAGAUUGCCAUUAAUGAGCCACGCGAUAAGUCGACAGCCAUCGAGAACACCUUACCACAAUUGCCCAGUCUCAAUUUCAGUGAAAAUGAGAUGUGUAUCACCGACAAGAGUACAGCCAUCGAUACUGGCUACUCUAAUGGUACUGCUAAGUCUUCGCUGCAUGCAAGAAAGAGUUCAGCGCCCCCUAUUCCUAGGAAAUCAUCCAAGAGACAGUCCGCGUUAAAUAAAACAUCUCGUCGUAGGAGCCCAACCAAGGAGUCGCAAUCUCGAAGAUUCCCAAAGGGACCAAUUAUUCGGACAUCGAGCGGUCUCGACGAGCAAUCGAAUUUAAUUGUCAGUCCUUCUGAUCCGAAUGCAGUCAAUCCUUCUGUUGCACAAACAUUCAAAGCAAUGGAAGAACUCAAGCCGGGAUCAACAAAUACAUUGGUCGUCGAAAAGAAGAGAAGAUUAAAGGCCGGGGCUUUUCUUAAGGUUAAAAAUGUGUUGCAAGGAAGCUUCCGCCGUAGAAAGAAUGAUAAUAGCCAAGAAAAUCAUUUAGUCCAGCCUCCUUUCGUCAACUCACCAAUAAUCCAAGAACAACCUAGUAGACGCCCAGAAUCUCUUAGUGGUACAGACCUGAGACUCAACGAAGUGCAAAAUUUUAAAGAAAAUUCCAAGCUGCAAAAGAUGACUGGGAAUCUCAAAAUCCCUAGAAAGCCACUCAACAGUGAUGUAAGAUCUUUCCACAGUCAGAAUUCAGCACUCACAGACCCCUUUACCGAGCCACCAAGUUCAAGUGAGCAAGUUAUGCAGCCUUCGACCUUCAGUAGCCAGAUGCCUGAAAUUGGAUCCGCACCGGAAUUCUCAAGUCUCCAUCGCACAAAUAACAAGUCUUCAGCCCACCAAAGUAACAGAGACUUCGAUGAUCUGGAUUCAUUACUUACGUCUAGUCCCUUAGCCCAAUCGACACCAAGAUUGCGACUAGUAUGUAACCACACUGAUCCAGACAGAACCAGAAGAAUGCACAAAGUGGAUGCAGGCUCACCAUCAGUGCUCGACCACAACACGUUUGCUGAGGAUAGUGAAAUCUACCAAGGCAUGCUUGGGGGUAGUCCAGUGAGAACUAAGGAACAAACCCAACCCGAGCAUCUCCGUAACCUCGUUCAGCACGUUGGGUUGUUAAGAGAGAAGACAGUCAACAACUUUGUCGCUGCCGUCCAAACACUAUCCGGAUCUACAAGUGACUCAGGCUUCGCUCCUCUCAAUCGAAAAUGGAAGAAGAAUCCAUCUCCCAGUAAGGCAAGAUUGGAAGAAUUAAGUCGCCGCCUUCCAUAUUUUCCCGAUCCAGAACCUAUCCUCUACCGUACUCACAAACACAAGGAUAGCAAGGAUAUCAACAAAGCAACUUUUGCUUCACGGGAAAAGCGUAAGACCGAUGAUCAAGAAAAUAAGGAGCUCUUGGAAGGACUGCUCACGUCAGAUGAUGAAGAAAGAAGCGAGUGUGAAGGGGAGGAAGAGGAGUUCUCACAGAACCCACAGGCCAUGACAAGAGCGUCGACAUCUUUGCCCCUCAUCAAUCUGUCUUCCAGGCCAAUUUCAUUAAGCCAGUCAUCGCUAACCCUUGGCGUUGAAGGUUUGGAGGUAAGAGUUUCUGCUCGACAUAGAAAUUUAAUGGACCAAGACGACUCGAUGAUGGAUUUGGAUGAAUUACAGUCAGUUCAAGAUUCUCCUCCAUCCCAAACAUUUUACGAUAAUGUGGGCAAUGGAGAUCUGAUUGAAUUUUGAAAAAUGUGUCUCCCUUUUGCUAACCAAGGAUUUUCAGAUGGGACGAAACCAUGUAUGAUGUUGGCAUGAGACAUUAUUAGAACUCAUCCGACUACGAUUUCCUAUACCUUUACUAGAUUCAGUCUACACUUUGUUACGAUACCCUACAGUUCCUUGCGUUUUUCUCAAUUCGAAGUUGUGCUGUUAUUACCUGAUUCAUAAUUCGUGCAGCUAUUUUUCGUGCUCUUAAUAGUUCUCUUUCGAUAUGUAGCAGGCGGCCUUGCUUAGACAGACUUUAACUCCAAACGAGCAUUGAUUGUAGUUCUAAAAGCUAUCGUCUGAGCUGACCGACUUGUUGUGGUUUUAAUUUCAUUUUGAUGUUGUACUUUGCUUAUAUGUUUGGAGGAUAAUAAUGGAUUGUACAAUACGAAAGGAUGUGCCAAUGACCCAGGAAGAUA